AUGAGCUCCUAUCUAAUUACAAAGACACUUUUGAGCAGAACAGUGGAGGUGGUGGAAGAUCUCAUCUGACCAACUAAGGCAAAUGUAUAUCUAAGGCACCCUUUUUAUUUGGAAGAAAAACCACAUCAAAAGAGGGCAAAAUGGCUCAGGAUAUGACUGAGAAGGAGAUAAAGCAAAUGGAAUUAGAUCAACUGAAGAAGGAAGUAAAGCUUGAAAGACAAAUGAUCUCCAAGACAGCAAAAGAACUCAGGACCUUUAUAGAAUCUAUGGCUGCAGAAGACCCUCUCUUAAAAGGGGUCCCAGAAGACAAGAACCCAUUCAAGGAAAAGGGAGGCUGUACAAUAAGCUGACCCUGGCCCCACCAAGAGAAGAUCUUUGUUGCUCUCCUUAUAUGUUACUAGAACUAUAUGAAUUAUGUUUACCCAAUAAAAUGAGUCUAAGUCAGGAUCGGAGAAUCUUUGUGCCCCACAAAGGGUCACAGGAUCCCCAUCCUUAGAAAUUUUCUGCAGGAGGGAAUUUAAUCAAGCCUCAGAAAAAAAGGACCCAGAACAAAUUCAUGACCAAGAUAUAUAUGGUCAUGAAUUUGUUCUAGUUCCUUUAUACAGAAAGAGGAAUGGGAGGAAGAGGAUAUCUCUUUUAAGACUUAAAUAUAUUUGUUAUUUUUGUAAGUAGGUAGUCUUUAUUAAUUAUAUAUUUCCUGAAGAGGUCUAGGCAAAGGUAGACUAGAUAAUCACUAAAAAUAUAUUACUAUUCUAUAUUCCAUGAUUUAAUUAUUACUUUUUUUAAAGUAGACUUCUGAAUUAUUUUGGAUGCUUUAUUUUUUGCCGGAAAAAUGAUGAAAGAUUGAAAAAAAAACAGAAUAGAAAAAAGAUUAUUACUAAAGAUUUCUCUCUCUUCCCAUUCUGCCAAGUGGCUACCUGGAAGGCUUUAAAAAUAUGAAUUAUUUAGUUAUUCAAUUUUAUUAAUACUGUUGUUGUUUUUUAGAAAAUUAUAUUUGUAACUUAACUUAGUUUUCCCAUUUGCACCAACUGAUUAAGCACUACUUUGUCUGAUGUCAAAGUAGUGUCUCUCAAGCAAUGCAAUGUUAAGAUUGCAGAAUUCAGGUCCCAGAAUUCAGAUGUGUGCACUUCAAUUCAGAAGUUGAAGUGCACACAUCUGAAAAUUGCCAAGAUUGAGAAACACUCAUCUAAAUUACAGUCUUCACAUGCAAGAAAGCCUCAUCACAAAACAAGUUGGGCUAAGAAACUCAGUGUCUCCAUAACAGAAACACAAUAUAAGAAAGGAAGUUAUGAUGAAAAAGUCCAGAUUGAUGGAUAUUGAGAUGGUGCAAUAUAAAUAUAAUUAAAUAAAUUAAAUUAAAAUAA